AUUUUGCAAUGAGGAGCUGCAACAGAAAUGUCCCGGAUUAGAUCGUAAACAACCAUGGAUCUGCAGAGGACAUCACUUUAGAUGACAGGUUAUAGAAAUCACUACCCACGGUGACACUCACUAUUAUAGCAUCAUGUGCAUUUACAACAUCGCGUUCAGAAUAGAAGGGAUUGAGUUGUAUGACCGUUGAUGACCGUUCCGGUGAUUGUCACCCACGAAUCUACCGCGGGACAUUAUAUUGCAUGUUUUCAGGUUGGAUGAUACAAACAUGGUUGAGGAACGGUGUGCAAAUGUUCCCAGGGUGUUGAAGAGGAGAGGAAUAAGCUCCUUGGUGAGCUGAUCAAGGGUUUUCGAGGAUCAGGGAGAGCCCCAAACAACCCCAACAAGAAGACCAGAAUACAAAGAAAUUAAAUAAUAGACUGAUGAUACGACCUUCUACUCAUACUUUCCCAACUGCAACAACAACAACAACAACAACAACAAACUGGUAAACCUAGAACAUUGGAUCCCACAUUUUAUUAAGCUGACGUAAAGCUCUUGGGGUUUUCUGUGACCCAUAGAGUAAUCCUGAACCAAAUCAAUGUCUCUAGUCAGAAUCCAAUACUAGUAAGUGGCAACCCUAAAGCAGCCAGCCACAUCCCUCCUGUGGGCCCCGACCCACCGUUUGGGAACCACUGAGUUGGAGGAGAACAACAGCGUGAAGGAGAGGAUGGGUAACAAGAGCACCAGCCCCUCCAGAGACCCAGACACUGAGACGACUCAGAGAGAGGAGAGAAACAACACUGGGACUGCCUCAGGAAGUGGUCCCCCAGGCCCCAGCCCUGACCUGCUAGCCUCACUACAGUCAUUGGGAGAACACGAUGACCACACACUGAUGCCACAGUCUCUACACCAGAUAGCAGAGGCCUACUCCCUGGAUGAGGACUACCAGUGGGCGGUGCAGUUCCUGCAGCUGGAGAAACUGUACCAUGAGCGCCUCCUGUCCAACCUUGCCACCCUGCAGGAGGACUGGGAGAGCCAGUGGAGAGAAUGUAACAGAGUAGCAGAGAGCACCUCCCCAGCUGAGACCAACAGCACUGGACAGGAACACAUAGAAAUACUGAGCCAGAUCUGCAGGACGCACCAGAGACCAAUGCUUAGUGGUAAGAAAAUGAGCAUGGCAGACACGGUGCUGAAAGACAGCCACAACACCAGGGGGCAGUAUGAUGGGAGAGAGAAAGAAAGGUCACCAUCCCAUCAUGGAAAAGUCAGAGUCAACAACCCUGUAAGACAGAGUGAGGAGGAUGUUAAGGAGACCACGUCAACAGGAGCUGUCCCUAACAUGGCUGAGGAGGAGGGAGGAGGGGAGGGAGAGCGAGGAAAGGAAGAGUUGGAGAAGGAAGGGCAGGGGGUGGAUGAAGAGGAGGUGUUUGAGGAGAGUCCAGAAGAGGAGGUGCAGGUGGUGGAGUGGCCAGCGGGGGUUCCCCAAGCCUCAGCCAAAGACCUGGACAAACUGUCUCAAGUGGAGGAGAGCUCCUCAGCAGACGGCCUGGUGUCCAUUCUAAAGAGGAGGAGGGCAUCGUUAGAUGGCCUGCCCCCCGAGGGUCCCGAUGCAGCCAAACACAACUCCAAACGUAAGGUGCACUUCAGCCAGCCAGAGGACGGCAUGGAACCAGACGAGGUGGGCGGAGACUCGUGUUUGAUCCUGCUGUUGUUGUGCCUGGUAACCGUGGUGAUCAGUCUGGGCGGGACGGCUCUGUACUGCACCCUAGCGGACACAUACAGUAGCAUCUGCAUUGAUUUCUCUCACAACGUAGACUUUUACGUUGUGCACGUACAACGCUUCCUGGAUAGGCUCAGACACUGGAUGCCCAUGUGAUCAUAGUCAGGACAUACAGUCAUUUACUGCUGCAGUCAGGACAUACAGGCAGGACAUACAGUCAUUUACUACUGCAGUCAGGACAUACAGUCAUUUACUGCUGCAGUCAGGACAUACAGUCAUUUACUGCUGCAGUCAGGACAUACAGUCAUUUACUACUGCAGUCAGGACAUACAGUCAUUUACUGCUGCAGUCAGGACAUACAGUCAUUUACUGCUGCAGUCAGGACAUACAGUCAUUUACUGCUGCAGUCAGGACAUAGUCAUUUACUGCUGCAGUCAGGACAUACAGUCAUUUACUGCUGCAGUCAGGACAUACAGUCAGGACAUACAAUCAGGACUUAGUCUACUGCUGCAGUCAGGACAUACAGUCACUUACUGCUGCAGUCAGGACAUACAGUCAGGACAUACAGUCAAUUACCUACUGCUGCAGACGAUAUAGACUCAGUAGCCCACUGUAGCAGUCUAUGGACUAAACAUACAGAAGAACCUACCUACUGUAGCAGUCUAUGAACUAAACAUACAGAAGAACCUCCCUACUGUAGCAGUCUAUGGACUAAACAUACAGAAGAAUCUGCCUACUGUAGCAGUCUAUGGACUAAACAUACAGAAGAACCUACCUACUGUAGCAAUCUAUGGACUAAACAUACAGAAGAACCUGCCUACUGUAGCAGUCUAUGAACUAAACAUACAGAAGAACCUCCCUACUGUAGCAGUCUAUGGACUAAACAUACAGAAGAACCUGCCUACUGUAGCAGUCUAUGGACUAAACAUACAGAAGAACCUACCUACUGUAGCAGUCUAUGGACUAAACAUACAGAAGAACCUACCUACUGUAGCAGUCUAUGGACUAAACAUACAGAAGAACCUGCCUACUGUAGCAGUCUAUGGACUAAACAUACAGAAGAACCUGCCUACUGUAGCAGUCUAUGGACUAAACAUACAGAAGAACCUACCUACUGUAGCAGUCAAGGUCAUAAGGUCAUUGAUGUUCUGUGGAAGGGCCUGAAAUAAAGACUGAACGGGCUUAUGAUCAUUGACCCAACAGGAGACAAAGUUACAGACGUUUUUACCGACUGACAUUUCAGAUGCAGUCAAAACUGUUUCCAGAACACUGGCUCCCAUCUUGUUUUUAACCUCUUGUUUUAACUUGUGGACGCUGCACAAAAGAGCUCCCAAAACCACAGAGGAACAAAGCAUAGCAUUGUAGGGUACAGGUAACUGCCAAAAUAAAGGAAACACCAACAUAAAGUAUCUUAAUAGGGAGUUGGGUCACCACGAGCCGCCAGAACAGCUUCAAAGCACCUUGGCAUAGAUUCUACAAGUGUCGGGAACUCUGUUGUAGAGAUGUGACACCCUUCUUCCACAAGACAUUGUUUGUUGUUUUGUUGAUGGUGGUGGAAAACACUCCAGAAUCUCCCUUAAUCCCAUAAGUGUUCAAUUUGAUUGAGAUUCUGGAGACUGAUACUCAGACAGACAGACAGACAGACAGACAGCAUGAUGGGAUGUUAAUUGCUUAAUUAACUCAGGAACCACACUUGUGUUGAAGCACCUGCUGUCAAUAUACUUUGUAUCCCACACACACACACACACACACACACACACACACACACACACACACACACACACACACACACACACACACACACACACACACACACACUUUAAACUCCCUAUGCUCCUUUUAGACUGUUUUUUCAAAGUCACUUAGAUCCUAAAAUAGGGGGCAACAGCAUUUUUAUACAUGACCCUAAGCAUGAUGGGAAGUUAAUUGCUUAAUUAACUCAGGAACCACACCUGUGUGGAAGCACCUGCUGUCAAUAUCCUUUGUAUCCCUCAUUUACUCAAGUGUUUCCUUUAUCUUGGUAGUUACCUGUAUAUUCCAGUUCUAAUUUUUUUAUGAGAAAAUAUGUUAAUCUGAAUUUGUAAAGAUGUUUAUCUGAAAAACAGAUACAAUUCGAUAAACAGUAAAUCUGUUUGCGGGGAAUAAUAAUAAAGGUAUACUCUUUAAAAAAAAGUAUGUAUGUCUAUGUAGGUAUGUGUAUGUAUACAUGUGUAUAUGUAUGCAUACGUGAAUGGAUAUAUAUAUUUGCCCCAAAAAAUAUGGGGGGUUGGAAAUGAUGCAGACAAUUACAUUGGAAGCAACAUUCUUUCCGCAAUAUUAAGCUGAUCCACCCCCCAAAUAAAAAAAAUAAAAAAUAAAUAAAUCUGUUUAUCUGGAUUUGAGAGCCUCAUAGUAAAACUUGGGGUACAGUAUGCUAUUAAAAAACAAAGAGUUGUUGGGAAUUGAAAGGACACUUCCUCCUCGACUUGUUGCCUCGAGUCCUUGACUCCUUGACUUGUCAAAUAUAGCCUACAUGUUGUACAUUUUGCAGAUGUUUUUGUACGUGGAGACUUGGGUUUGGAAUUACUCUUACAUUCCUCUGAAGGAACUCAUGGUUGUUGACCACUGCAAAUGAAAGUCCAUAUUUGUGAAGAACUUCUCUCUGGAAUUGGCACAUUGUGAAGUAAUUUGCUGAUAACCGAUUAACGAUAUCAAUACAAAUAUGCAUGAUAGGUACUGUAUGUAUGGCUCUUGGUAUGACAAAAUGAACUAAGGUCAAUGUUCAUACAGCAAUGCAUUUUAAUGUAGUCAUGACAUUCAGUACUGUACUUACUCAACAUCUCAGGCACUUUUGUCUAGUUGUGCUGCUCAUGUAUCCGUACAGCCCUUAAUGUCCUUUAUUUGUAUUUUAUUCUAUGAGUAUAUUUUAAUGUAUUCAAUACAAAUCCAUUCCCUUGCUUUCAUGAAUAGACGUUGUUUACGUAUAUCUACUGUACGUCAAGGAUCUCCAAAUCAGAGAUCUAGUGGGUGUGCAGGCUUUCAUUCCAGCCCAGCAGUAACACCUGAUUCUGCUAACUGUGGUCCAAUCUGAAGACUAUAUUGCAGGGCUGGAUCAAAAUCAUGCACACACAGUAUCUCUCCAGGACCAGAGUUGGAGAACCCUGGUCUAGACCCAGUAUCUCUCCAGGACCAGAGUUGGAGAACCCUGAUCUAGACCCAGUAUCUCUCCAGGACCAGAGUUGGAGAACCCUGAUCUAGACCCAGUAUCUCUCCAGGACCAGAGAUGGAGAACCCUGGUCUAGACCCAGUAUCUCUCCAGGACCAGAGUUGGAGAACCCUGAUCUAGACCCAGUAUCUCUCCAGGACCAGAGUUGGAGAACCCUGAUCUAGACCCAGUAUCUCUCCAGGACCAGAGAUGGAGAACCCUGAUCUAGACCCAGUAUCUCUCCAGGACCAGAGUUGGGGAACCCUGAUCUAGAACCAGUAUUUCUCCAGGACCAGAGUUGGAGAACCCUGAUCUAGACCCAGUAUCUCUCCAGGACCAGAGUUGGAGAACCCUGAUCUAGACCCAGUAUCUCUCCAGGACCAGAGAUGGAGAACCCUGAUCUAGACCCAGUAUCUCUCCAGGACCAGAGAUGGAGAACCCUGAUCUAGACCCAGUAUCUCUCCAGGACCAGAGUUGGAGGACCCUGAUCUAGACCCAGUAUCUCUCCAGGACCAGAGAUGGAGAACCCUGAUCUAGACCCAGUAUCUCUCCAGGACCAGAGAUGGAGAACCCUGAUCUAGACCCAGUAUCCCUCCAGGACCAGAAUUGGAGAACCCUUAUCUAGACCCAGUAUCUCUCCAGGACCAGAGUUGGAGAACCCUGAUCUAGACCCAGUAUCUCUCCAGGACCAGAGAUGGAGAACCCUGGUCUAGACCCAGUAUCUCUCCAGGACCAGAGAUGGAGAACCCUGAUCUAGACCCAGUAUCUCUCCAGGACCAGAGAUGGAGAACCCUGAUCUAGACCCAGUAUCUCUCCAGGACCAGAGUUGGAGAACCCUGAUCUAGACCCAGUAUCUCUCCAGGACCAGAGAUGGAGAACCCUGAUCUAGACCCAGUAUCUCUCCAGGACCAGAGAUGGAGAACCCUGAUCUAGACCCAGUAUCUCUCCAGGACCAGAGUUGGAGAACCCUGAUCUAGACCCAGUAUCUCUCCAGGACCAGAGUUGGAGAACCCUGAUCUAGACCCAGUAUCUCUCCAGGACCAGAGAUGGAGAACCCUGAUCUAGACCCAGUAUCUCUCCAGGACCAGAGAUGGAGAACCCUGAUCUAGACCCAGUAUCUCUCCAGGACCAGAGUUGGAGAACCCUUAUCUAGACCCAGUAUCUCUCCAGGACCAGAGAUGGAGAACCCUGGUCUAGACCCAGUAUCUCUUCAGGACCAGAGAUGGAGAACCCUGAUCUAGACCCAGUAUCUCUCCAGGACCAGAGAUGGAGAACCCUGAUCUAGACCCAGUAUCUCUCCAGGACCAGAGAUGGAGAACCCUGAUCUAGACCCAGUAUCUCUCCAGGACACACAGUGCUUCGUUGACUGACAGUUGUGUUCUCCUGCUGGUUCAGACAGCACAGAGAGCACACACAAAUCUGUGUUUGAUGGAUUGUGUUUGAUGGAAGUCCCAGUUUCCCAUGGAAUGUCCCAGACUUCUGUUCUAUCUAUUGCCUCUGACAUUGUUGUUUUUGGUCAAUGUCUUAUUUUCUCUUUCCAUGCUCUCUAAAUGGCUGUGGUUGAGUAAUGUCAAUGAAUCUUGCCUCUAAUUUGCACUGUAUGUUGUUUACUAUUGUGUUGCAUCAUGCAAUCCAUGUUUAUAUGUUGCAGUAUUUUUGUUGACUUGUUUUCUCAAUGGAAUAUAAAUGAUAUCAAGAAAA